AUGAAGAAGCACUCGGCCAGAGUGGCUCCUCUCAGCUCCUACAGCUCCCAGGUCCUCACCUGCCCCAUCUCCGAAGGUAAAGACACCAGACUGGGGGUAGGGGACGGGGGAGAAGGGACGAAGUCUGGCCCUAGGCGCCAUGUCUGGGUACGUGUGUGUACGUUUGUGGGUUUUGCGUAUGUGUGCGUGUCUGUGUGUCUAAGAUGGGCAGCAUUGGCAACUCAUCAAACCCUUCUAUAAGAGCGAGGAUAUGUGUGGAGAGAUUACAAUAUCUUUAUGCAUUGUUAAUGCCUAUGGCUAAACAACUAUGGCAGUUGAGCUGUUUUUCCAUAUUAGUAUGUUUGUGGAGGCCUUGGUGUAAUGUGGUCAUUACAUUGUUCAUUAAAAUCAACCCCAAAGGGCAGAAUAUGAGAGAGGUAGAGAAAGAAAGAGAGAGGGAGGGGGAGAGAGUUAAGGUAGCUAAAACAAAUUUGGAUGUGUCCAGUCUUAGUAUAAUUGUGUUGCUCUGGGCUUUCUAUGAUUAUGUAAAGGGAACAGACUGUGCCUUCCACAGACUGGGCUCCUCAUUAAGUCUAUGAAAUGUCAGAAGGGCUUGAAAAUAUAGUUAUCAAGUAGACUAUAAUGUUCUUCAUUAUCUUGUGACUAUUCACAAUCAUACACAAUCAGAUUAAUGCUUAUAUUACCAAUCAACUGUUAGGAUUAUUUAAAUACUUUCACUUGAAUGACUGUUUUACAUAACUAUGAGAAACAUUCAUGCCUUUGCUCUUCACCACUCUUUGGGAGGGGAUACAGAAUUUAUCGACAGGGACUCUGGUAUCAAAGCAUAUGUUUAGUUGUGUUCAAGUUGUAUUUUGUGCCUUACCACUCAUGUUGCCAUACCCAAACAGGCUCUCACAUCUGUUCUUUCUUUCUUACUUGUCUUGCAUGUGAUUAGUUUUAGGCAAAACCCAUUUAGAGAGGGACAUGGGUACCUUGUCAUUUAAAUGGGACUGUUCUCUCCACAGCCAUACAAUGUCCUGUCUCUAAGGCUUUAAGAUAUCAUCCAUUGCCUUUGUAUCUAUUUUCCAGAGAUUAACAAAAUAUACACUUAAUCUUAAUCCUCAAUAAAACCAUGUAUUUUAUUCUCACCUGGUAUGGACUAGAUGCAUUGCCUGACCUCUGUAUACCCCUGCAGGAACAUUCAUGUGAACUACUAGCCAUCUAUUAGAUUCAGCACUAGUUUAUCCAUCACUGUCUCCACCACCCUUCCUCUGUCAUGGAUUGGAAUGCGCCACGUUGUCAGCAUAUACUGUAUAUGUUCUCUUAAUGGGAGUUUGUAUUUCACACCUUUGCUUAUGAGUCAACUCAAAUAAUAGCUUGGGGCUUAAUACAGUAUAGGUAACUGGCUGUAUAUAGGUACCUACUAGGUAAAGGUCUACUAAGCAGCAGUGCGUAAAGAUAUUCCUGUCCUUUGCAAGACCUCAGCCAUAUGAUGCUCUCAGGUGUCUAGACUACAGUGUGUGAGAUACCUUAGUUUUUGUUAUGCUAUUAUUUGCUGUGCCCUACUGUAUUGUGGUCUAACUUUUUAUAGCACCAUCAGCAGACAAUAUUGCAGUCUGUUUACAGGAGCUCAAAUGUAGCCAAUAAUUCAGCAUUAAUGAGGUGGAAUGUGGAAUGAUAGUUUUGUUUUAAUAUCCACAUCCUGGCAAUGGAUCAGAGCAUGGUGCAUUUGCCUGGGGAAACAGGAUGCUAACAAGCCUACAAUGUGUCACUCUCUGCACCCAGCACCCACUACAGUACUGUACAGUGAAUUAGGUCCUGUCAGUAUGGGCAUGGUCUUUGAAUGGUCAAUGGGAGGAGGACAAAGAAAUGUAACUUAGCAUACAACAUCUAUACUUCUGCUUUUAAACCAUGCAGUUCUUGAUUGUCUCCCUUUCUCCGCUGAAGGUAUAUCUGUCUGUCCCCAUCUGGGACAAAGUGAGAUAAAACAUGUCAUCAAUCUUUAGUUUUAAGGCAUACAAAUCGAUAAAACAUUUAAGUGCCAAGUUUUGCAUUUCAUGGAUGUAUUGGAGAUGACACUUUCAUCCAAUAUAAAACUCUACAUUAUUAAACUCACCACUAUACGCCAAGAUCCCAAGCCAAAUUGCCAGAGUUCCAAAUGCCAGUGAAAGUUGUCACAGUAACCUCAGUGUGACAGAUACAGUUUCCCUAUCAAAAUGAUCAUUUGAAGAAAGAAGUCAAACAACAUAGACUGGAACUGAUUCUCAUGCAUUGUUUGUCUUCAUAAUGUGUGUUUGGCCAGCAUUGUCUUUUCGUUCCUCUGGAAAGGCACUUUUUGGAGAGAUGCAAUGCUCAUCUAAUAUUAUGUACGAACUGUAGGUGUAUGAAUGCUUUUCAAUGCUGUUACUGUUAGGUUUGUCAUCAUGACGUUUCUGCCCACACCUUAGCAUGGGUACUGAAUAGCAGCAUUAUUGUAUCUUUGGGUCAGACAGCAUAAAGUUUCAAGGACAUUAUCAUUCUGGGUGUGCUGCUGAAGUCUUUUCUCCUACUUCUAAGGCUUUCAAGUUUUACAGAACCCAGCACACACACUCUUAAGCAUCUAUGACAUUUUAAGCCAGCAAUUAAUGUUACCCUUGUUCUCUUUCAAUCAAAACGGAUUUGAAAGAGUUUCAUCUCAUACAUAUUCCAAUCCAUUACACACUGCUUUCUGAUUUAGAGAACCUAAGGGGAAGAGUCAAGGUAUGAAUCUCAGUGGCACACUUUUAUAGUUUUGAGCUGGAUUUUUAUUUUGGAACGGAAGACUGCUCUGAACCAAAGGUUUGUUUUCUCUCUGGGAGCAGAGGGUCGAUACCUAGUGGUGCACGUUAGGGGUUUUAUUGGAUACCUUUGAGGCACUGAUUGUACUCAUAUUGCUUUGAGCACUGCUAAUGCUCCUCCUUAGAGCUCUGAGUAGAGGGGGGAGAGAGAGAGAGGCUGCUACUUCCUGCUUUAUUGUAAUGUAAUGUCUAUAGCCAUGGUGGAAAUGGCAGGGCUGAGCCCAUAGUGCUGAACCAGCAAGCUGAAAGUGAGCAGCAAACACCCAGCACAUGUCAUAUUUUAUUCCUGCCCUGGUGUAAAUUGAUCAUGCUCUGGAGGGUUAUAUAUCGGAUCCUAACUCUCUCCGGAAACGCCCUCACAUCAUCUCAGUGACACAUACACAAACCACACACACACACACUACAGCAAGUAAGCAAUGACCCAGAAGGCAUUCAGUCCCGCAAUCCAUUAAGGCAGUGCACCCCCCAACAUUAUUCUGCUUUGACUGCAAAAUGACUGCUGCAAGGAAUAACAUUCAAUAUAAGUCCUUACAUUUCUGUUUUCAAUUCCUGGUUGUCUGUUGUAGUGGGUUUGAUGUGUGUGCUCACAGUUAGUUUUAGGGUUCUCCUUGCUCCCAGUCUCCCUACGCACACUGCACCAGUCCAAAUACCACCCAGUCUGCACUGAAGCCACUGAAUGCAGAAAUGCACACUCAGAGCUUUGCUAAUCUAUUCUCUUUACAGUCGCAAGCAAAAACAAAAAGGCAGGUCUGCUAACCUUUUAACAAUGUUUUCUUGCGGUUGUAAAGAUGUCAGGAGUCUGCCAGUAGUUGCCCUGCUAUGUCCACAAGGGAAAGUGGAAGAUCUUGCUCAGUGCUGACUUCCUAGUGGAAGAUCUUGCUCAGUGCUGUAAAGGUGUUUUUGAAAAGUCUUAUUCCUCAAUAGUCAGAAAUCUGAACUACUGUAUCAAUCCUGUAGUUUCUUUAGAUAGUGAUAGAAAGCAUGAUAAGAAACAGGAGGCUGCCACAAUUGACAAGGUUGUCAUGUCUUUCUAGACAGAUGUCACGUGAUUGGGCUGACACAUCCAUAUUGUGGAUCGUUUUUUGGGCGUCAGGUUUCUGUGCACGUCUGACUACAUGUCUAUGUUAGGACCGUAUCCACUGUGCUAUAUCAUGACUUUACGGUGCUAUUUCUGACAUGGGCAACCAGCAACCACCAUACUAAGGUAAUUCAAACUGGGGGAUUGACUGCUCACUAAGGACGAAUGAUCAAUUCUUGCUUGCUUACCUCAGCGAGGCAGCCAGGAUAGUGUCAAAGAAUGGAGCAUGGAACCCAUUGGCCUAUGGAACAAUCCACUGUAAAUGUAUUUGUGAAAACUAUUCCACAUCAGCUUUAUUCUCAAGUGCUAAGUGUUUUAUUGUGAAAACUGAACAUUCUAAUUGAUUGUGUCUGUUGAUGAAAAGAGGGUCAGAGACAGCUGUAUUACACAAUUGCAUGUCAUGAAUCUCUCAUGCCAAUGGCUACUCAAGUGGUACACAUGUACUAGUUGUGUACUGUCAUCAACAACCACACACUGGAAACACAAAUAUUAAAAACCCACGCAUAUGCCUUGUCCACUGUGCUGGGCAAAUACCACUGUCCAUGGUGCUGAAGCCAUUCAGCUGUCCAUGGUGCUAAAGCCAUUCAGCUGUCUAUGGUGCUGAAGCCAGUUCCACUGUCCAUGGUUCUAAAGCCAGUUCCACUGUCCAUGGUUCUAUAGCCAGUUCCACUGUCCAUGGUCAUGAACCCAGUUCCACUGUCGAUGGUGCUUAAGCCAUUCAACUGUCAAUGGGGCUGAAGCCAGUUCCACUGUCCAUGAUUCUAAAGCCAUUCAACUGUCCAUGGUGCUGAAGCCAGUUCCACUGUCCGUGGUGCUGAAGCCAGUUCCACUGUCCGUGGUGCUGAAGCAAUUACUCUUCAGCCACACCUACGCCCAUGCCUCUCACAGUGUCACAUGCCUACAUCAAUAACCCUAUCCCCUACAUAGUUCAACAGCAUGUGCUUUCCCCCCACAGGAGAGGAGGGUUCUGAGUCUCAUGCGGACACACCAGGCAGUGAGGCCAGUGGAGAGGGGACAUCGUACCAGACGUGUGCUAACACAGUGCUGAAGGUGCUGGGGGGCAUCCUAUUGGUCCUAUGUGUCUCCUCCUCUUGGGUGGGCACCACUCAGCUGGUCCAGCUCACCUUCAAGUCCUUCUCCUGUCCCUUCUUUGUCUCCUGGUUCAGCACCAACUGGAACAUCCUCCUCUUCCCUCUGUACUACGGAGGCCAUGUGGUCACCACCCGGGACAAGCAGACGCCUAUACAGAGAUUCAGGUGAUUUAUUAUGACAGUGGGGAAGGGCUUAUACAUAUAUUUCUCUUUGAGAAGCCAUAGACUCCAUAGACUAUAUGGAGGGUAUUGAAUCAGUGGUGACACCCAGAAGUGUUUAUGGGAGCUACAGCCAUUAUAAGAUUUGUAAAAUGCUGUUUGUUCAGUAUUCAGUGGCUUUGAUCUCCUCCAGUGCUCAGUGAGACGUUGUUUAUAUGACACAUCCCUCCUCUAAUUACCAUUGGCACUCAGGCGUGUGAAUGGGGAUAUUGACCGCAACCAGGAGAAAUGGCCAUUGAAGUAAUGGUGAUGUCUGCAUAUUUCAAUUAAGCGGCUGGAAAAAAACAACAAAAAUUAUCUAAUUUACCUGAACAGUUUUGACUUUCCAUCCAAAGUUUUUGGAUUCCCACUCUUACAUUUAGUAAUGGGAAUAGACCUAGAAUCCCUUUGAUAAGUGCUCUUACCAACAACAACAAUUUUUAGAAGUAAAUAGCCUCUCCCAUUGCUCUAUCCUCCAUUUCCUCUCUAUAAUUCUAUUUGUCAGAGAGUGCAGCAGGCUUUUCGGGGAAGAUGGGAUGACCCUUAAGCUGUUCCUGAAGAGGACAGCCCCCUUCUCCAUCCUGUGGACCCUGACUAACUACCUGUACCUGCUGGCCCUGAGGAAGCUGACCGCCACCGACGUCUCAGCCCUCUACUGCUGCCACAAGGCCUUCGUCUUCCUGCUGUCCUGGAUCGUCCUGAAGGACCGCUUCAUGGGUGUACGGGUCAGUACUCUACCACUACUAUUACUUCAUUGGGCUUAGUCACACAGCUACCCAAUGAAUCAUACAGGGGAGUGGGACAGUAGGCACAAGUAUUAAGGUUGAUUGGUUUACCUCCCUCAUCCCUACCUGCAGAUUGUGGCAGCCAUAAUGGCCAUCACAGGCAUCGUCAUGAUGGCAUACGCAGAUGGUUUCCAUGGGGACUCCAUCAUAGGCGUGGCCUUGGCUGUGGGCUCUGCCUCCACAUCGGCUCUCUACAAGGUUUGUUUACUAAGCAUGUCUGUUUACUGAAAUUCUUAGUAUUUUCAAUUAGUUUUACACAAAGUUCCAUCAGUAAAACAUACUUGGACAUUGUUUCCUCUGCUGCAGGUGCUGUUUAAGAUGUUCCUGGGCAGUGCCAACCUGGGUGAGGUGGCUCACUUCCUUUCCACCAUGGGUGUCUUCAAUCUUAUCUUCAUCUCCUUCAUCCCCCUCAUCCUCUACUUCACCAAAGUGGAGCACUGGGGCUCUCUGUCCUCACUGCCCUGGGGAUACCUGUGUGGCCUGGCCGGGCUCUGGCUGGGUGAGUGGACACCUAUGGGAGACACACACCAUUUUUUCUUACUUGGAAAGAUAUUUGGGUUAACAUUGUCAUUUCUCUUCCAGUGUUCAAUAUCCUGGUUAAUGUUGGUGUGGUGCUUACGUACCCCAUCCUCAUCUCUAUAGGGACACUGCUCAGUGUGCCCGGAAAUGCAGGUAUGUGUCUGUUUGUGUGUGCGUGUGUGUACGUGCACACUUUUGUAAAUAAACUAACUGGUUAUUUUCUUCAUCAUCUUUAUAAUGCGCAAAUGUUGAAUGUCUGUAUCAUCUCUGAAAUGUGUGUUAAGGCCUCUUUAUUCUAGUGCAUGCAGAGGUAUUGUAUCCAGAGGUCAGCACUUAAGGCCCCCUCAGCAAACAGAUUACACAGCAAGUCUGACUCUCUCACCUCGGAAACCCAAUCAUCAAUGUGCCUUCACACAGACACAGCAACUAUCCCUCACUAAGGGAGGAUUAGGUGUCUAAGGCAACAAUAAAUGCCUGCAGACUAGUUAUUUUCCUUAACCACAGAGGCCUGUAUGAAGGUCAGUGGGUUACGACAGCUUGGCGCGGUGCAGGGGUCUACACUCUUAGAAAAAAGGGUUCUAAAAGGGUUCUGCGGCUGUCCCUAUGGGAUAACCUUUUUUGGUUCCAGGUAGAACUCUUUUGGGUUCCAUAUAGAACCCUCUGUGGAAAGGGUUCUACAUGGAACCCAAACGAGUUCUACCUAGAACCAAAAGGGGUUAUAUCUGGAACCAAAGGGGGUUAUUCAAAGGGUUCUCCUAUGGGGACAGCCGAAUAACCCUUUUUGGUUCUAGAUAGCAACUUUUUUUCUAAGAGUGUAGGCCAAUAGAGCAGAGAGAAAAUGUAUUGGCCAUUUUGUGCUGAUUGUAAGCUGCAUUGUUAGCUAUGUUUAUCUCUCUGUCCCCCCCUACCUUCUUCCUUCCCCUCCUUCCCUCCCUCUCUCUCUCCCACUCUCCCUCCCUCCCCCCUCCGUAGCGGUAGAUGUGUUGAAACAUGAGGUUAUCUUCAGUGUGGUGCGUCUGGCUGCCACCUGCAUCAUCUGCCUGGGCUUCCUGCUGCUGCUGCUUCCUGAGGAGUGGGACUCCGUCACUCUGCGCUUCCUCGCCGCCUUCGCAGACAAGAAGUCUGAGGAGCAUGGCGAGGAGCUGACCGAGUCCAGCAUCCACACACGCAGCCGCAGCCGAGCCAAUGGCACAGUCUCAAUCCCUAUGGCAUGA